AUGACUAGGAUGGGGCGGUGGCACGUGGUGCUGGUCGCGCUGGCGCUGAUCACCGGCGCGGCCGCUGGCGCCGCCGCCGAACAGAUGCAGUCUCGCGCUGUAGACACCGGUGUCGACCUUCGCGUGCCUGAGGCUCAACCUAUCGGAACGUUUGUUGGAAAGAUUCCAAUUAAACCAGGAUUUACCUAUCGUUUUAAUGAACCUCCAAAAGAGUUCAUUUUGGAUCCAGUGACCGGCGAGAUAAAAACUAAUGUGAUUCUUGACCGUGAAAGUGUGGAUCGUUAUGCGUUUGUCGUUUUAUCGAGUCAGCCUACGUAUCCCAUUGAAGUUCGACUUCGCGUAACGGACGUUAAUGACAACUUCCCUGAAUUUCCUGAACCAAUUAUAGCCGUUGCAUUUUCAGAAAGUGCAGCGGCAGGAACAAAGUUAUUAUUAGACGCUGCUACUGAUAUGGAUUUGGGAGAAAAUGGAAUAGCUAAUGAUUACAGAAUCGUAGAUGGUGAUAAUGAAGGGAAAUUCCGUUUAAAUGUUACUGUGAAUCCAAGCGGACAAACUUCCUAUUUACAUUUAGAAACUACAGGCAAGUUAGAUAGAGAAACAAAUGAUUUUUAUAUCUUAAAUAUUUCAGCGCGGGACGGUGGCAAUCCACCGAAAUACGGGUACCUACAAGUAAAUGUUUCUAUUUUGGACGUAAAUGAUAACCCGCCAAUAUUUGAUCAAAGUGAUUUUUCUGUAUCUCUUAAUGAAAGUGUACCACCUGGAACUACGGUUCUAAAAGUAACUGCUACAGAUAGUGAUUUAGGAGACAAUAGUAAAAUUACGUAUGAAGUGACCGAUACUGAGAAACAAUUCGCAGUAGAUCCGGAAUCGGGUGUAAUUACAACUAUCAAAAAAUUGAACUGUCCAAAAUACUGCAGCAAUACGACAUGUAACAUGACCUGUGUUUUGACAGUUAUAGCAAAGGAUCAUGGAGUACCGCGACAAGAUGCUAGAACAUACGUCACUGUUAAUCUUAUUGAUGCAAAUGAUCACGAUCCAGUUAUAACUUUCACUUACGUACCACCGACGGCAAACUUUGCUACAGUAGAUGAAAAUGCCAAAAAUGGAUCACUUGUUGCAGCAAUAACUGUUACAGAUUUAGAUGCAGGAUUAAAUGGUAUUACAAGUGUAAACAUUGUGUCUGGAAACGAACUAUAUCAUUUUCGUCUAGAAAACUCAAGCAGUGUUUAUAUCGUUCAUGUUAAUGGUAUUUUAGACAGAGAAGAAAUUAGUAAAUACAAUUUGACUGUGGUUGCUACAGAUCAAGGUGUACCACCACGCACGGCCACUGCAUUCCUUGUGAUUCAUGUGAACGAUGUAAAUGAUCAUGAACCAGUAUUUGAAAAGUCAGAGUAUUCAACAGUCUUAAGUGAAUUUGCGCCAUCUGGUACUUAUGUGGCAGGUAUUACAGCGUCUGAUGAAGAUUCAGGUGUUAAUGCCGAAAUUUUCUACGACUUCUAUGAUGGAAAUCAACAACAAUGGUUCUCAAUAGAUCAUCUCACUGGUUUAGUAACAACAAGAUCUAUAUUAGACAGAGAAAUCCAAGGGACUGUGGAACUAAAUGUGUCUGCUAGGGAUGGUGGACCUAAUCCAAAAUGGGCUUACACGAGACUUAAAGUAACAAUAUUGGAUGAAAAUGAUGAAGCGCCAAAUUUUCCUCAAUCUCAGAUAAAUGCAACGCUUCUUGAAAACGUGAAACCAAUAAAAGAAAUACUUAUACUAACAGCAUCUGAUUAUGAUCAGGGGACAAAUGGUUCUGUGUCUUAUUAUCUGUCGUCAAAUAUUGAAAGGAAAUACCCUAAUACAUUUAUCUUAGACGCUAUCACUGGGCAAUUAAGUGCAGCUAUUGAAUUGGAUAGAGAAAGAAUACCUCUGUAUGAGAUUCAUGUAGUUGCUAAAGAUCAAGGAUAUCCUCCCCAGUCAUCAACAACUACAGUAUUUCUUAAAGUUCUUGAUGUGAAUGAUAAUGAUCCAGUGUUUUAUCCCAAAAGGUAUUUUAAAAGUAUAAGAGAAGACAUGAAUCCCGGAUCGACGAUCCUUCAAGUAAAGGCUUUGGACUUAGAUGAAGGAGAUAAUGCUAAGAUUAUUUACCAGCUCGAAAGUGGAGGUGAUGGAUAUUUUGAUAUUGAGCCAAGUACAGGAUAUAUAAUUUUACAAAAAGAUUUUCACAAAGCUCCUAAAGCAAUUUACUCCUUAAGAGUUUCUUGCAAAGAUAAAGGUAAUAGACGAGCUAUUGAAGAUGCUAUUGUUGAAAUAAUAAAAGCAUCACAACGCAAGAAUCUAGAGUUUGAUGGUUAUAAUGGUUAUAAUUUUAAAAUAGUGGAAGAUGUGGGAACAUUAAAAACUCAGCUUGGUCGGUUUGUGGGAAAAGUUAAUACUAGAAUGACAAGUGACACAAUAUCCUAUUAUAUAAUCGAAGGUGACCAGAAACAUGUAUUUAAAAUAGACGAAAAAAGUGGAAUAAUUACAACAGAGUCAAAUAUUGACCGUGAGGAUAAAAUGACUUACAGUCUUAAAAUUAUGGCAAAAAGUGGUCAGUCGUUUGGGAUUACAACGGUUAACAUUUCCGUAUUAGAUGUCAAUGAUAACUAUCCGAUUUUCAUAGAAGGAAAAGAUGAAAUAUUUAUACCUGAAAAUAUGGCGGUUGGACAAGAAGUUUAUUUUGCUAGAGCCACAGAUCGAGAUUCAGGAUCAAACAGAACGGUCUCAUAUAGCUUAAGUUAUAAUGUAGAUAACAGUUUUCGAAUAUCAGAAACAACAGGUGUUAUUUAUUUGAACAAAGCUAUAACAAGUGAGCCAGGUUCUGUUUUGCCAAUUGAAGUGACCGCUACUGACAAUGGAAGACCAGUUCUUGCUUCUAAUCAAACAAUAUCAGCAAUAGUAAAAGAUGUAAAUGAUCACACUCCAGUCUUUGACCACACUUCAUACGAAACAUCCCUCUUAGAAUCAACUGUUGUAAAUACGAGAUUUUUUGCUAUAGCAGCUUCAGAUGCCGAUUUAGGGCUUAACGGUAAAAUAUCCUAUGCAAUUAUUGAAGGAAAUAUGGACGGCAAAUUUGGCGUCUUUCCUGAUGGUUAUCUUUAUGUUAGAAGUCCACUUGACAGAGAAGAACGAGAUUACUAUUCUUUAACAAUAAUAGCUUCUGAUCAUGGCAAACCUCCAAGAUCAUCACAGGUUCCAGUUGUGAUUCACGUUUUAGAUGAAAAUGAUAACAGUCCACAGUUUACUAAUACAACAUUUAUAUUUAAGAUUAAAGAAAAUGAACCAUCUGAUACUUUUGUAGGCAAAUUAACAGCAACAGAUAAAGAUAUAGGACGAAAUGCUGAACUGACUUUUAGUUUACCUAUUGUUCAGAACGAAUUUAGAAUCGAUUCCCGAAAUGGUUUUAUCAGAACAUUGAAGACAUUUGACCGAGAAAAUUUAGCACAGAACACUGGACAAAAUUAUAUAACAUUGACUGUUACAGUAAGUGAUAAUGGAAAAGUUAAAUUGUCUGAUUCAGUUCGUGUUACCAUAUAUAUUACAGACGUAAAUGACAAUGCUCCAAUUUUUACUAGAACGCCGUAUUCAGUAGAAGUUUCUGAAGGUGCUGCUGUGGGAGGUGACGACCUUGGAAAAUUUAUGCUUGAUGAAGCUACUGGACAGUUGUCCAUCAAUAAGCCUUUAGAUCGUGAAUCAGUUGAUCAUUAUAUGCUUACAAUUAUGGCGCAUGAUUCAGGACUAGCUUUACGUCUUUCUUCCACAACUACAAUAACAGUUGACGUAUUAGACGAGAAUGACAAUGCACCCAUUUUCUCUCAAACACAAAUGAAAGUUGCAGUUUUAGAAACUGAGCCAGUAAACAAAAAAAUUAUUCAGUUUCAUGCAAAUGAUGCAGAUUUAGGUAUCAAUAAUGAGCUACAAUUUUCUAUUACAUCAGGUAACAGAAAGGAAACAUUUUUUAUAGACAGUUACUCUGGAGAAUUGUUUCUUCACAAACACUUGGAUUAUGAAGAUUUAAUCAGCUAUAUUUUAAAUAUAACAGCAACAGAUAACGGAAGCCCUAGUCUAUCAUCGAGCAUUUCAUUUACAGUAAACGUAAUUGAUGCAAAUGAUAAUGCACCUGUUUUUACUAACACUGCUAUUGUGCGACAAAUAAGAGAAGGAAUUCCGACUCAUACUCCAAUAGUUACAGUAACAGCUGAAGAUCCAGACUCCGGUUUAAAUGGAAAAGUUUAUUACUCAAUUACGCAUCAAGACCCGAAUGAUGGCAGACGACAUUUUGCAAUAAAUAAUUUAACAGGAGUUAUUCACACGUUGUUACCAAUUGAUAGAGAGAGCACAGACACUUUUAGAAUAACUGUUGUUGCUUAUGAUAGAGCGGAACCAGCUUCUUUGAGACUUUCUGCAGAGAAACUAGUAACCGUUAUUGUUGAAGAUAUUAAUGAUAACGCACCAGUCUUUGUCUCCAUGAAUGCGGCUGUGAUCAAUUCUGAAAGAUUAGGUCGAAGUUUGAGUCGUGGAAUAUUCAUUAUGAAUGUUUUGGCUCGAGAUAUGGAUUCUGGAACAAAUGGUCUCGUUACGUACAAGUUAAUUCACGGCGGUAAUGACAUGUUUGAUUUGCAUAGAAGUAAUGGAGCAUUGAUGUUACGCUAUCCUCCCGCUUCGCCUGAUGCGAGAUGGAAUCUCGUUAUAAAGGCCACAGAUGAAGCAGUGUUAAGUGAACAAAGAAGUACGGAAACAUAUUUAACUGUUAUAAUGGGUGGAACAGAGUUAGAGGGUAUAACAUGGGCAAACGUUGGGUCUAUUUCCGUAGCUGAGAAUGAACCAGCUGGAACUGCUGUGUUAAACAUGACUAAUAAUUUCAAAGGUGGCUUAGAAUAUUACAUAGUGAAUGUGACUGGUGAUAAUAAACAAGUGGAUAGAUUGUUUGAUAUAGAUUCGUCCUUAGGCAUCUUGUCUACAGCUGUGACUCUGGAUAGAGAAACAGGUGUGGAUCGAUAUGAAGUGGAAAUUUGUGCCGUUUCUACGGGAUCUCCUCUGCAAUCUACUACAACUAAGAUGUCGUGGUGA